AUGUUUCAAGCCAUGCGCCUCCAAAACAUCAGUUACUCAGCAUUCCGGAGGCAUGCAAACCGUUUCCUUGAGCCGGCAGUGAUUCACUCGUGGCACCAGCUUCAAGACACUGAAGUGGAGUCUCUGAGGUACAAAAAAGUCAAGCUUGGCGGGGACAUGAGGGCAGAUUCACCUGGACACUGUGCCAAGUAUGGAACUUACAGUCUUAUGAAUCUGGAGACCAACAGCAUCAUUGACCUUCAACUAGUACAGAGCAAUGAAGUCGGUGGGAGCCACAAUAUGGAGAAAGAGGGACUCACAAGAGGACUGCAGCUGUUGGAGUCGAAGGGUGUGGCUGUGGACUACAUUGUCACAGACCGUCACCCCCAGAUCCAGAAGUUCCUCAGAGACCGCAAGAUAACGCAUUAUUAUGAUGUGUGGCAUUUGGAGAAAGGUCUGUCCAAGAAGGUGGCAAAAGCAGCUAAAGAGAAGGACUGUGAGGUGGUGAAGAAGUGGCAACGAGGGAUCAGCAACCACGUGUACUGGUGUGCAACAUCCUCCUCCUCUGGGGCCGAAAAACUUGCCAAGUGGAAAUCUGUGAUGAACCAUAUGCAAAACAAACACGAGCACGACAACCCGAUCUUCCCGAAAUGCCUCCACCCUGACCGCAAUAGCACAGACCGCAAGAAGUGGUUUAAACCAGGUACCAAAGCCAUACAGAGGAUGGAGAAGAUUCUUGUUAACAAGAGGGUUCUCAAUGAUGUGGAGAAACUAAGCUCCCGGUACCAGACGUCAACUCUGGAAGCCUUUCACAGCCUGAUGUUGCGGUUCACACCCAAGAAUGUGGUCUUUCCUUUCAUCGGAAUGCUGUGCAGACACUAUCUGGCAGCACUUCACUUCAAUGAAAAUGCAGGGCGGACCCAGGCAAGAACCACAAAAGGAACCUUGAGAUACAGCAUCCACUACCCCAAGGCCAAAAAGGGAGGAUACUCUGUGAAGCCAGUGAAGACAAAAGCAACAUACCGUUACGUGCACAAGAUGAUGAGUCUGUUGUUCGAGGAGGUCAUCCCAAACCCUAAGCCAUACUUGGAGGAGCUGGAAAAGAUUCCUGUUCCGAAUCCCCUGUCCUCAGCAUUCCACCACCCUCCACUGGCAGAAGCUGUAGAAUCCUACAGAUCCUGCUUCAAUCAAGGGCAGCCCUGA